GAAUUCAUCUGGCCUGUUCCAUUAAGUAAUCGAACUUCUCUCAAACUUUCCGACAUGAUUCGUGUUUGUUUGUUCACCUUCAUUUUCGUGGCGCAUCGGCUGUCGACCAUCAAGACCGAAGAAUGUUAUCCCACAGUUAAAAGAAUAUACAAUAGUUAUUCCUUCAAUCACACCCUUGUAUUUAUAAUCGGAGAAAACCCCCAUUUUGAUGUUCGGGGUUUCCCUAUAACCAGGUGCUUGGACCAAAAGCAGUUCAGAACGGAAGUCAUAUCCAUCCACGUCCUUGGGUUAUCGCGGCUUUACAAGGGUUCGAUGAGGAAUUUUCCGAAGCUGAGGACGAUCUAUGUAGCCUCUAAUCUGGAGGAGAUCGAUCCGCAAGCUUUCUUCAACGUGCCAAGGCUCGAAGAGAUAAUUAUGAGAUAUAGUAAACUGAAGACUAUACAAAAAGAAGACAGUGAAGACACAAAGAAAAUUGCAGUUUUUCUAAGCAUUUGUGGGUCUGCAACAUUUGAGAGAGCACAUUCGUUGGCAUUGCCCACAGAAGUUGAAGAUUUAACCUCCAAGGAUGUCAUGGAAAAGCUCAAUGCGCAUUUUUAUCCAAAGAAGUCUGAAAUGGUUGGUCGUUUUCGUUUCCAUAGAAGAGAACAAGGACCUGACGAGACUAUUUCAUCUUACAUUGAUAGACUCGUUUGUGGCGUUAAAGAUGAAACUUUGCAACGAAGACUACUAGAUGAGUCCUGCCAAACAUUUGGGAACGCAGAAAAAAUUGCACUAGCUCAUAAAGCAGCAGUUCGAAAUGUUCUUGAAUUGAUAGAACCGGAUACAAGUUAUACGAAUCAGUGGACCAGAAUCGAACAGAAUAUAAUCGUCUUUGAAUGUAAAGAUCUUUCUCCUUGGGAUGAUGAUAAGUCUAUGGUUAUCGCUAUCACGAGGUUAUCACCAUCAAAAAUGGAUUGUGAGCCAAUCGACAUCAAAAAUAACCCAUCUGAAUGUAAAAAUCUUUCUCCUUGGGAUGAUGAUAAGUCUAUGGUUAUCGCUAUCACGAGAGGGUACGUAGUGAUCGGCUGCCUGGAACCCGAAGAGUUCGAUGGUACGGAGAUCAUAGAGGCGAAAAUCAAUUUGGGAAUAUUGCGGCUGGGCAAGGAAUCGAUAAGGAAUCUGCCGAAGCUGAUGAAGAUCCAGAUAUCUGCCAGGUAUCUGGAGAAGGUCGAGCCCAAAGCCUUCAAGAAUCUGCCAGGGCUCAAGGAGUUAUAUAUUACGAACACCAAACUCGAGGAUAUACAAAGAGAACUAAUAAACAAUAUAAAAAUAGCAGAAGAAAAAUCCGAAACCUGGUUCAGAGUAAACAACCUGGAACUAAACAAGAAUAAAACACAACAUAUCAUAUUCACCUCUAAUACUCAGGAAGCUAAUGGCAAUAGUGUGAAACUGCUUGGCAUCACACUUAUGAUGGAUGACAAACUGAAUUGGUCAACUCACACGGAGCAGUUGUAUGUUUUCAACAUAAUCCCCAGCAUAACAACACUGCUUUUGAACGGAAACAAGAUCGACUUCAUCGCGAGUGGAUCCUUCUCCAAUCUAGAGAAGCUAGAUACAAUCAAUUUGAGCGACAAUUCGCUCAUGGUUUGGAAUGCAGAAUGGUUCGAGAACUGCAAAGCUCUACGAAUUAUGGACUUCAGCAACAACAAAAUUCCAAAUAUCCCAAGAAGAGCAUUCGCAGAGCUGCCAAGACUCAAGAAUAUCUCGUUUGAAAAUAACGAGAUCACCACUAUCCAAACAGAUUCCUUCCGAAACUUAGAGAACCUUACGUCUUUGAACCUGGCCCACAACAGACUUACUAUCAUCGACGAAAAAGCUUUCCCAAAUAGUAUUUAUAUACAUACUCUAAGGAUACACAGCAAUUAUCUGAACUACCUUCCGAACCAGCUGCUGAGGAAGCUAUCCGUCAGGGAGAUCUUCCUGGACUACAAUCCCUGGAAGUGUUCGUGUCUGGAUGUGUUGAACUACUGGAUGUUCUUCACCAAUGCCAGACCGCAGAUGGUGCCCGGAUGCAAAUCACCAUUCGCUCCAAUUUGCGCCGUUUCGCGACGUUAUACAAAAACAUGUAGAGAGAGUGUCGAGGAAGAUUUGACUCUAAGAUAUAUCGGGUUGUUGAACAGUUUGCCCCAACCGUUGGGGAAACGUUGUGCCAGACUGGAUUAGGAGAUAAAAGUAGUGUAUAUUUAUGUGACGUAGUUAUAGCUCAGUUAGGACCCAAUUCGGGAAAAAAUUCAUGUAGUCAGUUUCUUUGUGGUUUUAUGUUAUUGGAGGUGCUAAAUUCGAAUCUGAAUUUUGCAAACAAAAUUUCCUGGAGCGUUUCAAGAUAUUAGCAAAAAACAGCGAAAUUUUCACACUUUUCCUGUUUUUUCGCCCGUAACUCGGAAAUCAUACAUUAUAUAAUAAUAAUAA